GUGAUCAUGACACACAUGAUGCAUCUGCUGUUGCUGCCGAUCCUGCUCGGCAUUGCUACAGGGACGGCUUUGGAGGACAAGAAGGGCCCGUUUGAGAACACAGUGCUGGAGGUUCUGGAGGGAACGCCGGUGCCAUUCGCUAUAUAUCAGUUCCAGGUGGACAAUCCAGAGGUCGACGGCUUCCACCUGAGCGGUGAAGGUAAAGACGACGUUCGCAUGUCAAAGGACGGUUGGCUUUACCUGGAGCACCCUCUGGACUGGUCUCGAGAAAAUAACUACAUUAUCAAGGUGGAACCAUUGGUGGAGGGUGAGAUAGUCGAUGGCCCAAUUUACGUGACGAUAAACGUGCUGGACGUCAACAACAACGCUCCAUUGUUCAACCAGAGCAGCUACGCAGCGAUGGUCCGGGAGAAUAGUCCAGCAGGUGUCCCGUUCACCAGAGUGUUUGCUUCGGAUCGGGACGACCCGUCGACUCCCAACGCUGACCUGAGAUACAGUCUGGUCAGCCAGAUCCCAAGCAGGAACCACGUCCCCCUGUUCCAGAUCGACCCCAUCACCGGAGAGAUCUCCACCACCGAAGAAGGGCAGCAGAUGCUGAAGGCCAGAGAGGGAAUCCUGUACAGCCGAGGAGAACACCAGAGCGCCGACGUUCUCAAGACGAAGUUUAGCGAGUUCUGUCCAGAUUCCAGAGUCCCCUAUGAGGACAACCCCUUCUACACCUGCAUGGAGAGGGCAGAACUGAGGAGGCAGAACAUAAACCCCCUGGAGGACCCCGACUACACCCUGAUCGUACGAGUUCAGGACCUGGCUGGAGCUUCGGAGACGGCGCUGACCGGAAACACCAGAGUUCACAUCGUGGUGCAGGAGAACUUCUGGGUCAGCCCCGGACCGAUCCAUGUGGUGGAGAACUGGAGGACGACGUAUCCACAGGUCAUCACAAAGGUCCAGUCUAACGAACCCAACGCCGUCUACUCGUUAGUGCAGAAAGAGCGAGAGCUGAAAUUCCCCUUCAAGAUCACAGAAAAUGGAGAAAUCCUGCUGGAGGAGCCGCUGGACAGAGAAGAAAAGGAGACGUACAUCCUGGUGGUGUUUGCUAAAGACAACCACGACAAAGAGGUGGAUCCGCCCAUGGAGAUUGUCGUCGUGGUGGACGACGAGAACGACAACGAACCAGAGUGUGCGGAGGAACAGAGUGUGUUUGAGGUGCAGGAGGACGAGCCUUCAGGCUCCCUGGUUGGACAGCUGGAGGUCCAUGACAACGACAAAGAAGGAACUCUGAACUCUCAGCUGAGCUACGAGAUUGUGUCCCAGGUUCCAGCCGUCGAGAACACUUUUGUCAUUGACAACACCGACGGAAAGAUCAAGGCGCUGCGAUCCCUGCGACGAAAAGAGGAGUCCAUCUUCAACCUCGACGUCAGAGUCUCUGACCCAGAAUUCAGCACAGUCUGUAAGGUCGUCAUCAAGGUCAUUGACGUGAACAACGAGAUGCCCCUGUUUGAGAAGACUGAUUAUGACAGCGAAACUCUGCCCGAGAACACUGAUGUAGGUCACACUGUAUUGACCAUCAAGGCAACGGAUGCCGAUGAUCCAGACAGCGGCAGCUCCAGCAUUGAGUUCCACAUCUCCGCUGGCGAUGACGAUGGAGUGUUCGCUGUGGAAACUGACGGCAAAGGCGUUGGCUACGUGGUCAUAGCUAAGCCUCUGGACUUCGAGUCUUCUACGAUCUACAACCUAAAGAUUGAUGCUCGUAACCCGGAGCCCCUGAUGAAAGGUCUGGAGUACGGCAGUGAAUCCACCGCCUACGUCUCCAUUUCCAUCACCGAUGUCGACGAGGUUCCAGAGUUCAGCCUGGACGUCCUCGAUGUGACGGUACCCGAGAACACCACCAAGGGAUCAGUGCUGCUCAAAGUGGAAGCAAAGGAUCCAGAGGGCAAAGAGAUCGGUUUUAAGUUGGAAGGUGACGCUAGAGACUGGCUGGAGAUCAAUGCUGAGACAGGAGAAAUAAAGACCAAACAGACGCUGGACAGAGAGAUUCUGGAGAGCUUUGAAGUCACCGUCACUGCCUUUGAGAAAGAGAAGCCGGACAUGUCUGCCGAGCGUGUCAUGCACGUGAGGCUGCUGGAUGUGAACGACAACUCCCCCAAACUGGUGGAGACUCAGGGCUUCAUCUGCAUCGGGAAAUCCAAAUCUGUCGUUAUCAAGGCCGUGGACCCAGACAGCGACCCCUACUCCCAACCGUUCACCUUCGAGUUUGCCAAAAGCAAGAAAUCACCCAACUGGAAGCUGAACAAGAUCGACGAAACAACGGCUGAACUGACCCUGACUAAACCGCCGACUGAAGAGAAAAACAUCACGCUUCAACUUAACAUUAAAGACAACGGCGGUAUGGGAAUCAACCAAGCGUUUCACAUGAGAGUAUGUAAUUGCACAAACCUGGGCUACUGCUACAUGCAGCCAGGUGUGCAUGGAUCCAAAUAUGGAGUGGGAGCCACUAUCGGGAUCCUGUUGGGCGUUAUGGGCUUCUGCGUCAUCGUCUUCAUCGUGGUGAUCAAACGCACAAAUCGAGAACGCAAGAAGAAAGCAGCAGAGGAGGAGACGAUGAUGCAUUAGAGACAUGCACGCCGCUUUUAUUUAUAUACCCCGAUGUCAUCAAUCACGAAUAUGUCGACAGCACGUGCAGCACAAAAACACCGUCCGUCCUCAGACACGAUGCAGACGAGGAGAAGCCCGACUGUAACGUUAACCCUAAUACCCACUGGUUUUAUGGUGCAACGUCUAAGCAGAGACCACGGGCAAAAUUAGACUCCACAGCCACCUCAGGGUUAUUUACUGUCUUCUUUUCUGCCAAAAACAUAUAGAAAAUUACAUAAACAGACAUAAUAAACCCCCAAAAUCCCUUGUAGGAAAUGAGGACUUAACCCUAAAAGCAAAUAUUAAUUAUUUUUACAGUGCCUUUUCAAUGUCUGACCAAAACCUAUGGAUGCAAAUUGGACUUUAAAGCCAAAUCAGGUUUAUUUACACUCUGUGUCUGUUGUCGAGUAAACCCAUAAAAUUAUCUAAAAAUGUGAACAAAACCACAAUAAUUCCCUUGUAAACCCCCAUCUUAAGCAUUUCUAAGUUGCCUUUUCGAUGUCUGACCAGAGACUAUGAAGGCAAAUUUAACUUUACUAGUAACUCGGGUUUAUUCAGUCUUCUUUCUGCCAAAUAAACCUGUAAAAUUACAUAAAUAUGUGAAUAAACUGUACUCAUUUACUCGUAAAACCCCAUUUUAAGUUGCUUUUUCAAUGUCUAAGAAUGAACUACGGACACAAAUUUGACUUUAUAUCGAACUUAGGUUUAUUUACAGUCUAUUUUUGUCAAACAAACCUGGAAAAUUACAUUAAAAAAUGAACAAAGCCCCAAAAAUUACCCUUGUAAACUGCGUCUUAAGCAUUUUUAAAUUGCCUUUUCAAAGUCAGGCCACAGAUUACAGAUGUAAAUUAGACUUUCUAGCUAACUUAGGCUUAUUUACAGCCUAUUUUCUGUCAAAGAAAACUUUCAAAUGUCAUAAAUAAGUGAAAAAAUCCUCAAAAUGCCUUUUAAGAUAACUGUGCUCAUGAGACUUAACCGUAACUGUAACGUUAACUCUAUGGAUACAAAUGAGACCUUGUAGAAAACUCAAUGUUAUUCACCCUUUUUUCUAUCAAAUAAAACUAUAAAAUUACAUAACUGAUUAAAUAAACCUUCAAAAGGUUUAUUUGCAGUCUAUUUUAUGCCAAGUAAUCCUGUAAAAUUACAUAAAUAUGUGAAUAAACCCUUAAAAUCCCUUGUAAGGAGCGAGAAUUUCACUCAUUCUCACUCAUUCUAACCCCAAAACCACCUCGUAAAUGUUAUGUUGUUUUUUCAAUGUCUGAAGAGGGACUAUGGAUGCAAAUUCAACAUUUUUUUGCUAAAUAAAUCAACAAAAUGACAUAAUUAGGUGAAGAAACCCUCUUGAACCUCUUGUUAGAAGCAAGAAACUGCAAUUAUUUUGCAUAAAAACCUUCACUCUCUAAGGUUAAAACUCAAAUUUCCUCAUCAAUCCAGCCACACACAUUGACUCUGGCUGAUUUUGUUGUAUUUACAAGAUGAUUAUUAGGUGCUGUGCAUGCUUAAUUAAACUGGUAGGUGGUUCUUAAUGCUGACAGCUGCUAAUCAUGCAUUUAUGCAACUUGUUGACUUAAUGUAUUCAAAAUUCGCUCCCAGACUCUGGUGGUUUCAUGAGCAGCUUCUCCCAUGAUUCAAUUAGUUUUUUCCUUCCUUUCUUUGUUGUUGUUGUGUUGUGUUAUUCCCAAAUGUACCGGCCAACUGUUGAUUCUUGUGCAACAGUUGGAAGCGUCUUGUGAUGCCAAAGCAAAGCGCCUGUUUCAUGAGUUGUUCUGUUAAAGGGCCGAUCACGGCUCCGUUUCCCAAUAAACAAAGAAACUUGGGAGCA